GAAUCUCAACCCGGGGUGGUUCCAUUUUUGUCAAUUCCAAAAGCGGUUUGUCUGAUUGGAGCGGUUUUAGAAAGAGAGGAAGAGAGAGAGAGGGAGGGAGUUGAAGCAGAUAUCUUGAGACCGCUUUAUCUGAAAAUUUGGUUUGGAGAAAGUCGUCUGGUUGUGUGAAGAGAGAGAGAAAGAGAAAAGAUGGAGAAAGAGAGAGCUUGAAAAAGCUUUGUCGUUUGUUUCAUUUGCAUUGAAUUCUAUUCUCCCUUUUCCUCCCUCAUUUUUAUCUUCUUAUUAUCAAACCCCAUAACCGACUCCCUCUCUCUCUCUCUCUCUAUCUCUUUAUCUCUAGAAAUGAUCUGCACUGGACACACCUCAAGGCAGUUUCACCAUUAAUGAGGUUCUCAAGAGCUGCUGCUGAAGAAGAAAUAGAAGCAAAGCUUCUUGUGAGUCCUUUCAUGGCGACCGCUAGUAAACCCACCAACCACACGAGCCACCUAGAAUUACAGCAUCAACAACAGCAGCAACAGCAGCACCAGCAAGUGUUGGAUCAUCAUCAGAUGUCUUACGGAAUGAUGCAAUCAUCGUCAUCAUCAGCUAUGCCUGGAAACUUCUUAAGCAAAGACCCUGGAGCUUAUGAUUUAGGAGAAUUGGAUCAAGCCCUUUUUCUCUAUCUCGAUGGGCAUGAUCCUUCAGCUAUACAAGAGCAAAGACAUAACUCAGAUAUCAGACCUCCAACGCUAAACAUUUUCCCCUCUCAGCCUAUGCACGUAGAACCACCAAUAAAGGCGAGUCUAGGGUUGGUUUCUCCAUCAACCAGCGGUUCAAAGAGACCAUCAGAGCCAUCUAUGGAGUUGGCCAACCCAAAAAAUGAUGCUAAUGUUUCUGGGCCUGAUCAACCAGCCAAGGCUGUCAAGCGCGAAGGAAACCGCAAAGGUCCAACAUCGAGUUCAGAGCAGGAAGGACCCAAAACGCCAGACCCUAAGACACUGAGAAGACUUGCUCAGAAUAGAGAGGCAGCCCGGAAAAGCAGGCUAAGAAAAAAGGCUUAUGUUCAGCAGCUAGAGUCCAGCAGGAUCAAGCUCACACAGCUGGAACAAGAACUACAAAGAGCUAGAGCUCAAGGCCUAAUUUUCACUGGUGGAGGACUUUUAGGAGGAGGAGGAGGAGACCAGAAUGCUCCUGUGGCUGUGACCAACUUGAGCUCAGAUGCCGCCGUCUUUGACAUGGAAUACGGUAGAUGGCUUGAGGAGCACCACCGCCUCAUGUGCGAGCUUCGAGCAGCAGUACAAGAGCAUUUACCCGAGAACGACCUUCGCCUCUUCGUGGACAACUGCAUAGCACACUUCGAUGGGAUGAUGAACCUCAAGAGCAUGGUCGCCAAGUCCGAUGUCUUUCAUCUUGUUUCGGGCAUGUGGAAGACUCCGGCCGAACGUUGCUUCAUGUGGAUGGGUGGUUUCCGCCCAUCAGAGGUCAUCAAGAUCAUUCUGAACCAAAUUGAGCCCUUAACGGAGCAACAGAUCUUGGGGAUAUGUGGAUUACAGCAGUCGACCCAGGAGGCGGAAGAAGCUCUCUCUCAAGGGCUUGAAGCUCUGAAUCAGUCUCUCUCAGACACCAUAGCUUCAGACUCACUGAGCGCGCCUCCUAACAUGGCGAACUACAUGGGUCAGAUGGCUAUUGCCAUGAACAAACUCUCUACUCUUGAAGGAUUUGUUAGACAGGCGGACAAUCUGAGGCACCAGACUAUUCACAGGCUGCAGCAAGUCCUGACCACCCGACAAGCGGCAAGGUGUCUGCUGGCCAUGGCGGAGUAUUUCCACCGCCUCCGAGCUCUCAGUUCUCUCUGGAUGGCUCGCCCUCGGCAGGAAUGAGAAAAUGAAAAACCCUAGUUUGAUCUUCAUAUGUUUAGAGUAGUACUCUUUUCCUUUAGUACUAGCAACUCCUUUAAUGUAUCUUUUACUUUGUUUCCACAGAGGGAUGAUGUAUAGAUAGACAAAUAAAAUAGAUGAAAAUCAAAACAGUAGGAGUAAUCUAACUCUCUUUGUUUUC